CGGCUGGCUAUGAAGCCCAGAAUCGGAAAAUCCACGUGGCCUCUUCCCAUUCGCCAAACACAGAAUCUUUUUCCGCUCUCUUCCUUCCCUCCGUCGCUGACCGUUAUAUCUCCUUCCACAAAAUCCCGCGUUUUAUUUAUUUAUUUAUUUAUUCAUUACUUUCAUUUUUAACCACCGACUCUCCCAUUCGCAUUUCCUGUCGUUUCAAAAUCCUGAAUAUUCAAACAGAUUUUCUCCAAAUUCUAUAAAUCUCAAUCCAAUUUCGUCUCGAUUAGUUUAUUUUUGUUGUCUUCGAUUCGUUCCAAAUGGCAGUUUUCUUGGAGAUUCGACGUUUCUCGAACGGAAUCUGCUAUUCGCCAAUCCAAAACUAUCUCAAUCGUUUUCUUGCUCUCCGGCCCUCGUUCCAGCUUGAAUUUUGAGGUUGGAGAUUCUGAUGAUUUUCAAGCGCAAUCUGCAAUCAGGAAAUAGCGGUUCACAUCAAUUUGAAUUUUCGUGAGCCCAAUCUUGUAAACUCUAGGUCUCUCUCACCAAAUUAGGGCGCAAGGUUUUCCAAUUGUUGUUAGUUGAGCACUCAUUUUGAUUGGCUGUUGAAGUCAAUCUGGCCUAUAAUCUAUGUUUACCAGCCUACUACAUGUUGAUUGCACAGCCCUUGUCAGAAUAGGGGCUGCAAUUUCCACCGCUUUAAAUGUUUUUGCAUCCGCCUUCUGCGAACUGUACUGUGUCGCAAAUUUGCCGGAAUCUACCUGUUCCUUGUCCAUGUGGGAUAGACAAGAUUGGCAAUGGAAGGUUUUACUAUUUAACUGGUUGCUCGGCAGGGGCAUGUGCUGGAAUUCUUUCUUGCAAGAUUCGGUGGAGAAGGCAGAUAUGUAGAGCGAGCACGCUUCCCUCCGACCGUGGAAACCCUAAUCUGAAUUUUGAAUUUCAUGAGUCAGCCAAGCGAAGCUUGAAAUCCCAAAAACUGUUAAUUGUUGGACAGUUGUCUGAUCAGUUAGAGUAUGGAGAAGAAUCGGGUCAGGAGCCAAUUCAAAUGGUGUCAAGCUUCACUAACUACCGAGAAGAUCCUCUCGUUGAUAAGCUGAGGACCCAACUGGGUGUAAUUCACCCCAUACCGUCGCCUCCUAUCAAUCGAAAUAUCGCAGGCUUGUUUGUGUUCUUUUUCUUUGUGGGGGUCAUUUUUGACAAGCUAUGGACAUCGAGGAAGAGAAACAAAGCGGGCCGUGAUGCUCGGUCAGGUACAUGGCCUCAAGUGCCCUCAAGUUUUUCCUUGUUUCUUGAGAAGGAUCUACAAAGGAAAGAGUCAGUGGAAUGGGUGAACAUGGUUUUGGGGAAACUGUGGAAGGUGUACAGAGCAGGGCUCGAGAAUUGGAUCAUUGGGUUGCUUCAGCCCGUCAUAGACAAUAACUUAAAGAAACCAGAUUAUGUGCAGAGAGUUGAGAUCAAGCAGUUCUCACUGGGGGAAGAGCCACUGUCGGUUAGAAAUGUCGAGCGCAGAACUUCCCGCCGAGCUAAUGAUUUGCAGUACCAAAUAGGCCUCCGCUACACAGGUGGUGCUCGUAUGCUGUUAUCACUGUCACUGAAAUUUGGUAUCAUACCCAUUGUUGUACCGGUCGGCGUCCGGGAUUUUGAUAUUGAUGGGGAGCUGUGGGUCAAACUGAGAUUAAUACCAACAGAGCCUUGGGUAGGAGCUGUUUCGUGGGCUUUUGUGUCCCUCCCAAAGAUCAAGUUCGAGUUGUCACCAUUCCGUCUGUUCAAUCUCAUGGCAAUUCCUGUUUUGUCGAUGUUCCUGACAAAACUACUCACGGAGGAUCUGCCACGUCUCUUUGUUCGUCCGAAGAAGAUCGUCCUUGAUUUUCAGAAGGGAAUGUCUGUUGGUCCUGUUUCAGAUGAUUUUAAAACUGGUGCAAUUCAGGAAGGGAAUAAAGACUUUGCUGGAGAACUAUCAGUGACUCUUGUAGAUGCUCAGAAGCUUGCUUAUGUCUUUCUCGGGAAGACAGAUCCAUAUGUUGUUCUAACGCUGGGCGAUCAAGUAAUUCGCAGUAAAAAGAAUAGUCAGACUACUGUCAUUGGGCCACCAGGAGAGCCAAUAUGGAAUCAGGAUUUUCAUUUGCUUGUGGCAAAUCCUAGGAAACAGCGAUUAUCCAUCCAAGUGAAGGACUCCUUUGGUUUCACUGAUUUCACUAUAGGCACUGGGGAGGUUGAGCUGGGGUCUCUUCAAGAUACAGUACCAACAGACAGAAUCAUAAACUUGCAAGGUGGGUGGGGAUUGUUUAGGAAUAGGUCUUCGGGGGAAGUAUUACUCCGUCUCACAUAUAAAGCAUAUGUCGAGGAUGAAGAAGAUGAUGGGACACAAGCAGAAACGUUGGAUGUCGAUUUAUAUGAUGAUGAGAGUUCAGACUCUGAUGAAGCAAAUGGCACAUACGAACAAAAUGAAAGGGACCUCUCUGGAGAAACAGAGAAAGAAUCUUUUGUGGAUCUACUAGCAGCUUUGCUUGUAAGUGAGGAGUUCCAAGGCAUAGUGUCAUCUGAAACAGGAUAUACACAACAAUCGGAAGAGGCCAGAUAUCCGGGAUCAACUGUACCGAUAUCACGUGGCCGCAGUGAUAAGUUCACACCUCUGGAUUCUGAGGGCAGUUCAGAUAGUUCUGGAGGAUUGACAUUGUUUUGGUUUGCGGUGAUAACAAGUUUAGCUGUAUUGACUUCUAUUAAUGUGGGUGGUUCAAGUCUUUUCAAUCCAUGAUAUACUAACACAACAUCUGUGGAGAACUGAAGCCCAAUGCUUGUGCUGGAUCAAAUGACGACCGUGAUCUCCCCUUCCAGAAGAAUCACAUGACGGGACCAGAAGCCAGACUUGCAUCGCUCACUCUAUAUAUUCCUUUCUCAUGUAUAUUCAGCAAAUCAGUGGUGGAGCAUUUUCUUGGCGGCAGAGUUUUGAUCCCUUUGUAUCUUUUAUCUCUGUUCAUAUUACAUUUCUCCUUCUAUCAAUAUCUUUUUUAGCUUUCCUAAAAUGAUUUGUACGGAACUGUCUUGUUUUGAGCUCUAUAGGGCAGUUAAUGAGCCA